CUCGAGGCCGGUUUGGAAUUUUUGGCGCGAGUUGGCUCCGCGGGCGUUCACGGGCCGUUCCCCCGCCGGAGGUUCCUGUCGUCGCGGCGGGAAGAGCUGUCGACGGCCGGCCCGGCUCUCCUGACCGCCCCGAAGGCGCCCCGCGGCCUCGGCGGGCCCAAGUCGGGACCUCCCGGAGCGGCGCCCCGCCCACCUGCGCCAGGUGCUCCUGUCUCCACAGCCUCCAUGUUUAAAGGAGAACAUGUGUGAGGAGUAGACGCGGCUUCUUCCACAGCCUCUCUGGGGCCACAGGGCAAGGAACUGUUGGAGUGGACACGUUGUUCUGUACUCUACCUCUCAGUGCCUCCUGUGCUGGCCAUGCCUGUGCCCACAGAGGGCACCCCACCACCCCUGAGUGGCACCCCGACCCCAGUCCCAGCCUACUUCCGCCAUGCAGAACCUGGCUUUUCCCUCAAGAGGCCCAGGGGGCUUAGUCAGAGCCUUCCGCCCCGGCCCCCUGCCAAGGGCAGCAUCCCCAUCAGUCGCCUCUUCCCUCGGACCCCAGGCUGGCACCAGCCCAAACCCCGGAAGGUGUCAUUUCAAGGCAAAGCCUCUGGGACCCUGCAGAGCCCCAGUUACGACCCAAGCCGGCCGGAGUCCUUCUUCCAACAGAGUUUCCAGAGGCUGGGCCGCCUGGGUCGUGGCUCCUAUGGAGAGGUCUUCAAGGUGCGUUCCAAGGAAGAUGGCCAGCUCUACGCAAUAAAGCGUUCCAUGUCACCAUUCCGGGGCCCCAAGGACCGGGCCCGAAAGCUGGCUGAGGUCAGUGGCCAUGAGAAGGUGGGGCAGCACCCAUGCUGUGUGCGGCUGGAGCGAGCCUGGGAGGAGGGCGGCAUCCUGUACCUGCAGACAGAGCUGUGUGGGCCCAGCCUGCAGCAGCACUGUGAGGCCUGGGGCACUGGCCUGCCUGAGGCCCAGGUCUGGGGCUACCUGCGGGAUACCCUCCUCGCUCUGGCUCACCUGCAUGGCCAAGGCCUGGUCCACCUUGACAUCAAGCCUGCCAACAUCUUCCUGGGGUCCCGGGGCCGCUGCAAAGUGGGUGACUUUGGGCUGCUGGUGGAGCUGGAUGAAUCUGGAGCUGGUGAGGCCCAGGAGGGAGACCCCCGCUACAUGGCCCCCGAGCUGCUGCAGGGCUCCUAUGGGACAGCAGCCGAUGUGUUCAGUCUGGGUCUCACCAUCCUGGAAGUGGCGUGCAACAUGGAGCUGCCCCAUGGUGGAGAGGGCUGGCAGCAGCUGCGCCAGGGCUACUUGCCCCCUGAAUUCACUGCCGGCCUGUCUCCUGAGCUGCGGUCUGUCCUCAGCAUGAUGCUGGAGCCUGAUCCCAAGCUGCGGGCCACAGCUGAGACCCUGCUGGCCCUGCCUAUGCUCAGGCAGCCACAGCCCUGGAGUGUCCUGUGGUUCAUGGCUGCUGAAGCCCUGAGUCGAGGCUGGGCCCUUUGGCAGGCCCUGCUUGCUCUGCUGUGCUGGCUCUGGCAUGGGCUGGCUCACCCUGCCAGCUGGCUACAGCCCCUGAGGCCUCCAGCCACCCCGCCCGGCUCGCCGCCCUACAGCUUCCUCCUGGACAACAGCCACUCCAGCAACUGGGAUGACGACAGCAUAGGACCCUCAUUCUCUCCAGAGGCCAUCCUGGCCAGGACCGCCAGGAGCACCUCCUCCACUCCCCAGAGGAGGCAGACACUGAGGGAUGACCUGGACCUAAGUGACAUUGACUCAGAGUCCCCUCAUGGCUCCUUCCCCUCCUUUGAGCCUCGGAACCUCCUCAGCCUGUUUGAGGACUCACUGGGCCCAGCCUGAGCCCCUCGCAGCCUUGGUGCUUUUAACCUUUUAGCUCCUUCCCCCAUCCCUGAGGCUGGGGUCCCUCUGGGCACUCCCGUGGUCCCUUCUGCCUGGCCAUGUCUAAUAAAAGAUAUCUGAAUCUUGGGAGCACCCAAGCUUGCUUGCAUGGCAA